UUCUAUACUCACCUCCUUGUCCAGCCACUCUUAAUCAUGGAGCCUGCCCGAGGCCUUCUUGCUAGAAGGCUCCCUCGGCUUCUCUAUGUCGGUGGAACUUAUGAGCCCUGUGUAGUGUCAUUUGAGCGGCUGUCCGCUAGCUAUAUGUAUCUCUGGCCUGAAUUCAUCCAGGAUAUAACUGCUGCACAUCACUUACUUGGUCUAGAUGGCCAGGUGAGUCUCACAGAUUCAUCAGGAGGUGAGAUUAUUAUUGGGAAUAAGCUUGGACUUGCAGUUCGCUUUAUACACAAUACCUGUGAUGCAGUUACAAAAGCUCUCUCUGUUACAGCUCUCCAGCUACGAUUUGUUGACGCUCAGGAUAUCGAUUUUAACAAACCAGUCUUCCCAAGCUGCGUACUCACAAUUCGAGCCAAUGCAGAUGAGAGUUCAGGUGUCACGGAUCAGGGUCAGGUUCUCGCGGUUGGGAAGUUGAAGCCCUGGUGGGCUGUCAAUUUGGAGAAUUACUGUCACCUCCUCACUGCAGCGCCGCCGUAACUUGGAACAUCACAUCGAACCGGUUAGUUGUAUCCUAUAUGCGGGGUCAUAUGCCUAAAUAUGGGUUCAUAUCUACGUAUAAGACAACGGUUUUUAUCAAAAGGAUGAGCGAUUAUUGCUACCAUCUCUCGCCCCCGAUCGAUCAGACCGCCACCAACCCAUCGCUCCGUGAAUGCUUCGCUGGGUUUUCGGUCCUUUCUGCAGCAGACAGCAAGUAUGUAGAAGGGAACGAUGUACGAGAUGUACUCACAUUUCAACCCUCAUACCAAUUCGAACCUUUCCAUUCCACCCUUGCCUCGGGGGGGGGGGGGGG